GAAAUAGCACUUUAUGAAAGAUUAUCUUAUAUAGUUUAAACCUAUAUAUUCAAACAACCAUCAGAAUUGAAUGUUACUAAAUAUAGUUGAUUAAGCAAGACUAUUGAAUAGUAUGUUUUUACCGCUCUUACAUCACUUUCAAGCAAACUUCUUAUGUAAUACAAACUACUUUAAAGCAAAUUUGCUUUUAAUUUUUUUUUUAAAGUGCUUUUAAAGUGAUUUCAUAAGUCUUGUUAGUUUAUACAGUGACAAAGAUUUUGUAAGCAGUGCAUAUGCAUGUGAUAGUACUGUCUGCGGAAAAGGUAAUCACGCCAUUUAACACAUAUAGAUAGGAUAUUUUUUUAUAAUAAAUACUUAAGCUUGUAAUUUCAAAAGCUUAAGUGAAUAUUUAUGUGUAUCAUGGACUUGAUUAUCACUAUACAAAUUCUAAAUCGGAUUCGUAGAUAGACAGUAACACCAUAUAAUGACAUGAGUAACCAAUGCAAUUAAUCUACCGACAUUUGAAUUGGUAUCUUCUUACCUAAUACUCCAUCCGGUUUUUAUAAGUAUCACUUUAACGCAUUUCACGAAGAUUGAAAAAACUAUAAAAUAUACUAAAAUGUCAUUAGGUAAUAUAUGAUUAAUUAAAUUAAAAUAAUUUAUAAAAAAAAUUAUUGGUUAUUCAAAAAGAUAAGAGAUAGAUUUAAUGUAUUGUCAUCCAACUGUUAAACCUAUUAUUUGAUGUUUUAAAGCCCAAGCUACUUAGACUGAGUAGCCUAACAAUAAACCCAAAUAGUCCAGUUAAUACACGUAUAUUUAUUAACGGACUUGGGUUCAUAUACUUUUAUAUUUUUUAUGUAUUUCAUAAGAUGAUAAAAAUCAAAUUAGAGUAAUUUAAAAUGAAAAUAUUAUUUACAUAAAUAUUAAAAAUUUAAAAGGUUUCAAAAAAUCUGAAAUUUCUUCAAAAAACUUUAAAACUUGCAAAAAAAUUUUUAGGAUUUACUCAAAUUUCGGAUUUUAUUAGAUUUACUCAAAUCUCAGAUUUUUUCCAAUUUACUCAAAUUUUGAAUUCUCUUAAGUCUUUGAUUCAAUAAGCUCCACUAACUGUUUUGGUCUCUUAUUUAUUUCCUUGUAAUCAAUCUUUCAAAUCCUACUAUAUAAAAGCUACUAAUUUUGAGAUUUCUUAAUUAGGAGUGCCAUAUGGGCAAAAAAAUUGAGAACCAACUAAUCUGCCAUGUCAUUCCGGACUAAGCUUGAAAGACCAACCUUCGCAGCCCAUUAUUACUAAAUUUCAGAAUCUAUUUACACAAUUCUCAACAUUCCAUUUUAACAGCUCAUUAUUACUCAGAUACUAAAGGUCAUAAUCCAUUAUUACACAUAUACUAAAGGUCCUAAAACAUAAUCCCUAACCCAUAAAUACUAAAAGCCCUAAAACAUAUAAUUCUCUAAAAACUAAAGAUCACUCAUCCUCACCCUAACCCUAAUCACCGACUCCAUUUCAUCGUGAUUCUCUUCCUCUUCAUCUCAUCUUCAACUUAAAUAUUAUUAUUUUUGAAUGAAAACAUUAUUAUUAUUGAAAUAUUAAUUAUUUAUCCAAAACUCUAAUAAACAAAAUAUACAAGUUGUUAAUGCACUCUAUUGUUUGCAAAGAAGUUUUUCAUAUUAUUUCCCUUUUUCAUUUAAUGCACAAAUACAAAUGUAGAUUUUUCUUUUAUCUAGAAGAUUUUUUUUUUUAAUUUAGCAUACAAAUUAUGAACCGUUUGACCAUGUUUAUCAUAAAUUUGGUUAUAUAUAUAUAUUUAGUUUUAAUAUAUUCUUCAUUAUUUACAUCUUAUUAGUUUUAAACCAUACAAAAAACAUAUAUUAAUUACAUAUUUUAAAACUUACUUUAUAUUUUAAAAAGAUUAAAGUCACAAUGACCAAUUAUUUUCUAGCACCACCAAAAACUCGAAAAACCCUAUACAACCGAAAUUUUAUUUCCAUAUAUUAUUAAAUUUUAUUUGGUUAUAAUAUGUUUUAAUUUUCAGGGAAACUUUCACUCACAACCACACCAGGAUCGCGCUUUUACUUUGACAACGACAUAGAUAUCAUACAACGCUUUCAAAAGAGGAAUAAACUGGUAUCCUAAGCCUGAUGGCAUACCUUCACAUGGGAUCAAACCACAAUACGGAAAUCGACACCAGUCAACUGUUUUAAAAUUUACACUUCAAUGCAAACAACCAUAUAUUUUUCAAAUUUACUAUUGUUUAGAAAACAGAAACUGAUCAUCGCAUCACAUUCAAACAAAAACUCUAUGGUUAAUUCUACAACGAACAAAACUUAACUUCCAAUAUCUGAUAUUUAAAACUACAAAAAUAUAAAAAUUUAUUUUAAUAAAAAAUAUUAUCCGCGCGAAGCGCGGACCCUGGCUCUAGUAAAUUUAAAGAAAAUUGGAUAACAGAACCAGAUUUUCAGAAUAAAUUGGUUUAGUUUUAUUUCAAGACACAUCCAAUCUAAAAUUAAAUACAUAUUCAUCUCUUUUUAAUUGUUUAUAAUUGUAUUUUUGGGAAAAGAACUAGACUUUUUAAAAAAAAAAUCUAGACUGCUAAAGAUUUUCUACCUAUUGUAGUAUUGAUACCAAUGUAAGUUAAUUAUAUAUACACAAAUGCACUUUUUUAUAUAAAUUGAAGAUGUAAUUGUCUUUAUCAUCAACUUCUUCCAUACAAAAAAACACACAAUCAAAUGGUGGAACUUCCUUGGGAAUUGGAGGAGAAGAUACUCUCUCUGAUCCCGAUAGAGUCUCUCACUCGUUUCAGAUUUGUUUGCAAACGAUGGAACGCUCUUUUCAACGACAAAUUUUUUGUCAACAAUCAUUUGUCUCGUGCUCGUCCACAAUUCAUCUUGUUUGUCGAAUCCAAGAUUUGUUUGGUGGAUGUUAAUCUUGAUGGUCCAUCUAUAGAAGUGCAUAACUUACCCCAGUUUGUUCCCGGUUAUAGAGCUUUUUUGGUCACGACAGUCGAAUGUUGCGAUGGGUUAUUGAUGUUUUCUACAACUAGCGGGACCGGUAUAUGCAACCCAUGGUUGAGACAGAUUAGAUGGAACAAAUCCAUAGUACCUUCCAGUGGGAUAGGAUAUGACAAUAGUAGCCCUGACAAACAAUACAAGAUCUUUGGUUCUUGGAGAUCUAGUAAUACAACUCUGCAUGCUAAUAUCAUUGAAUUUGGAUCUGAUGCAAGGAAAUCUAAAACGUACGAGUUUGCAAUGGAAUUCUACAAUAGGUCCAGUGUAUCCUUGAAUGGAACUUUGUAUUGGAUUGCCUAUCGUAGAAUGCUUCAUGAACAUUGUAUUCAAACCUUUGAUUUCUCUACAGAAAAAUUCGAAUUCUAUUGUAACUUGCCUACUAAAACCUCCAUUCGAGAUGAUCCUAAAUCUCUUGAUGUUUAUAGGGGGGAUCGGUUUUCGUAUUUAGAGAAAUUAUGUGGCUCAAGGAAUAUACAGAUUUGGGUGACCAAAAAACAGAUUAAAAAUAAGGAUGGGGAAGCUGUGGAGUGGAUGAAGUUCAUGAAUGUGCGAGUUCCUGAAUGGUCAAGUUUCAAAGUGUCGAGCAUCUAUCCGCCAAGUUAUUUCAUCGAUGAUAAAAGUCUUAGUCUCGUGUUGUGUUGUUGUAACAAGGAGCGAGAGGCUACCAUCUAUAUUGCUAAGGGAGAUAAGUUUAAUGAAAUUAAAAUAAAUGAUUUGGUUGAGGAGAAUUAUCCAUGUCACCGUACCUAUAUUCCUAGUCUUGUUCAAGUUCCUACGUUCACGAUGAGCGGCCGGGAACCUGCUGAGUCCUGCUUCACACUCCCUAAGGGAGUAGAGGCGAGCAACGGAGUUGGAGGAAACGAGUGGGACGAUGGCUUCUUCGACCGUGUAGAGAAAAUAUAUGUAGGACAAAGUGAUCUUGGUUGCCUCUUUAUCAAGUUUGACUACAUCAAGGAUAACACAAUUGUAGCUGGAGCUGGUCACUGGAAUACGGCAACCCUUAUUCCUGAGUCAGAGGACAGCAGGGUCGGCCCUAGGCUCAACGAGAUUAUGAUCACUUAUGAUGACUACAUCGAAGCCAUCGAGGGGACCUACACUGAGAGUCAAAUCACAUCCAUCACGUUCCGGGCGAACAAGGAAAGAUUAUGGCCGCUACAGUGUGGACUCUUUAACGGAAAGCCCUUCGUGCUACAAGGAGAAAAAGGCUCGAAGAUCAUCGGGUUUUAUGGAAGAAGUUCUGGUGACCACCUCACCGCUCUCGGCGUCCACCUGUCUUCCUCCAGCUAGAUUUAUCCCAUACUAUAAAUAUUUAUGCAAGCAUUUUCCAAAAUGUAACUAAUUAUAUUAUCUAUCUAAACAAGAAAAAAAAACAAAGUUUUAUCUAAAAUAUAUUAGCUACUACUAAUGGAACAAAUGCUAGAAGGGACAAAGGGGGUCAGAAAAAUCUGGAAAAAACCUCCUCUAUUUUUAAUUAAAAAAUGAAUUAAAAAUAAAUAAAAAUUAGGAAGAAAAGACCAUAAGACCUAAGAACUUAAAUAUAUUUACUAACUUAUGCUAUUACUAUCCUACUUAAAUCCGACCCGGAUGCAGACCCAAAAACCUACCCAAGUUAAACCCUAAUCUUCUUCUUCCUUCUCUUUUCUUCUCCAUUAAUAUUUUUUCACCUUGAAGCAAAAUCAAAAAAAUUUCUUUAACCAUCCACCAAAUUUCACUUUCUUAUCCCAAAUCGAUCAACCCAGAGUCAUAUUUAAUCAAUUAUAUCUUAUCUAGAAGCAAAUUUCAUGUUUUGCAUAUGAGAUUCAAAAAAAAAAAACGCAGAGUGUUACUAAUACAACUAGUACAACUCAAAUUAAUAUAACUACCAAGAGUAUAACUAGUAUAAAGAGAUUGAGUAUACCCAUUAUAAUUGAUACAAGUAAAACAUGUAUAAGUAGUACAACUUUGCAAUUAAUAUGGUGAUUUUUAAUUUUUGUUUUCAGAGUAUGAAGAUGAUAGAAACGAGGAUGAUGUAGAACCAAUAAGAUAUGCUCGUCUAAUCUUCCCCGGCAUGUAUGUAUCAAAUACAUGAAUAGGUUAUUUCAAUAGUAUUUUAUUUGGAUAGUGAUUUUUUUUACAAGUUAUACUAGUUAUACUAGUUGUACUAUUUUUGAAAAAAAAAUCAUCUUCAUUUUUUUGCUCUCAAGGCCAAAAAGAUAGAUGCGGAACCAGAAAAGUAUUCAGCCAUGGUUCCAAAAAACACAAGUCACCUAAAAAAACAAAAAUGAUGGAGCAUCGGCGAUGAGUAAGAGUGACUGAUUCACCGACGAUUAACAAAAAAAAAGGAAUCCACUGUGAGGAAGAGGGAUGCCGCAACGAAGAAGAAAGAUGCAAUGAUGAAGAAGAGAGAUACAACAAAGAAGAAUGAAGUUGUGGCGAAGAAGAGUGAAGUCGUGACAAAUAAAAUAGAUGAAAUUUUGUCAUCAUAUACCAAUUAGGAUAUUUGUUUGUUUAUUUCAUAUGUAAAACAUGAUUUACUAGCCGUGUUAGUUAUAUUAGCUACAUAUUAUACAUAAAUUAUAACAUUUAUGCACAUUUAAAACAAUACUAAAUAAAAUAACAAGUAGUUGUAUCAGUUUUCUAGUUAUAUCGACUAUACAUAGUUGUACUAGUUUUUGAGUUGUACCGGUUUGUCCAUAGCUG